AUGGCAGGGCUUUCUAUGUCCCUCUCCUAUAACAAACACCUAGAACAGAAGGAGCAUCUCUUAAAACUCCAAGUUCAAAGUCAAAAGGGUCCUGAAGAUAACUUCUUUGCACAAAUGGAGCCUAACCCAACUCCAGUCCUGGCCUCCAGCUCCACGGACCCCGAUCCAGUUCCGUUUGGACUCAGUGUCUCUUCUCCUCGACCCCAGCCACGACCCCACGUUCGGCUCCCGCCAGUUCCUCGGGCCUGGAGCGCCACCCUGUGCAGACCCCGGCCGGCCCUGCACUCCCUCAGCGCCCCAGACCCCGCGUCUCGCACCCUCCCCAACCCCGGCCGGCCCCCGCUCCCUCCAGCACCCCCGCCCGCAGGCCCGGGGCCCGCUCCCCAACAUGGCGACGGGGACACGAGCGCCGCGGGCGGGGCGGCUCCGGGCCGGGCCCGCACAGGAGCCGUCUUCCACUGCCGGCCGGCGCCAUUUUCCCGCGCCGGGCCCGGGCGGCGGCUCCUUCCCGCGGAGCCAGCGGGGCCGGGACCCCAGACGCCCGGCGGGCCCACCCCUUACGGGCCCGCGUCGCCGUCACCUCACCUGAGCGCGGCCCCAGCCCUCCCGGGCGGGCCUCGGAGCACCGGCCCGGGCCGUGCGUGCCCGCCGCCCUCCGUCUGUCCGUCCGUCCGUCCUCGCGUGCGUCCGUCUGUCCGGCCGUCGGCGCCCGGCCGCCCGCAGCCCGACCCGGUCUUUGAUCCAUUGUGA